ACUAUAUAAGAAACCAACUUCAAUCCUCUAUUUCUCUCUCAUUAGAUAUCUCCACUCCCAAAACCCUCUGUUUUAGCUGGGUGGUUUCAGAAUUCGGAUAGAUAAUCAAUGGCGAAAGGUGGAAAGCUAACCAAGAUCAAAUCGGUGCUGAAAAAGUGGCAUUCAUUUGGAAACGGGAAGCCACCUGGUGUGACGAAAUCCAAUUCCGAUGAGGAUGACUACCUGCAGCAGAACUUGACCCAUUCGAAUUCUCAUGCUGUCUAUGUAGGCAAAUCACGGCGGCGCUACCUUAUAAACUCCGAUGUGGCCCAACACCCGUUGUUCCAAGAGCUUGUGGAACGUUCAGGUUCAGGCGAUGAGGAUACCAAUGUGACGAUUGAGUGCGAGGUUGUGUUGUUUGAACAUCUGUUGUGGAUGAUCGAGAAUGCAGAUCCUCAACCUGACGCUUUGCAUGAGCUUGUGGAUUUUUACGCUUGCUGAUAAAUCGAUGCUUUAAUUUUAUAUUUUUUAUUUUAUCUUCUUUGUUGAUUCUUGGCAAUUUGUACUUGAAUUCAUGUCCUACCAUUUAUUUUUGUUUUUCGACAACAAGCAGAGCAAUCCAGAAAUUCUUAAACGGUUAUACCGUUUCA